AUAAAAUGGUCUGAUUUGUUUCAUGGAAGUGCCUGAUGCUAUGACGCGUUAAACCAAGCAAACCCAGACGCAUCGCCCACUCACUCCCCAGCUGCCACCGCCACCGUCGGCGAGCCAUGAAGGCCGACCACCACCACCACGGCGGCUUCCACUCCUCCACGCCGGCGACCAAGAUCUCCAUCCCCAUCUCCGCGGGCGGCGGCGCGGAGGCGGCGCUGCUCGGCAAGGGGCGGUACAAGGCGUGGGCGCUCGCCGCCAUCGCCCUCCUCGCGCUCUGGUCCAUGUUCGCCGCCUCCGUCUCCAUCCGCUGGUCCUCCGGCGACCUCGCCGCCACGUUCGGGGACUUGCCCGAUCCGCUCAUCGACGACCUCGACCCCCUCGAGAUGGAGGAAAGAGAGAAGCUAGUACGCCGGAUGUGGGAUGUGUACACGCGCACCGGUGAUCGGGUACGGCUUCCACGGUUCUGGCAAGAAGCAUUUGAGGCAGCAUAUGAGGAGCUUGCUGGUGAUGAUAUGCAGGCGAGUGAGAUGGCCGUGUCUGAGAUUGCUCGCAUGUCAGUCCACAGGCCUGAGCUUGAGCAAUCGUCAAACAAGUAUUAGAAAUAAACGUGUCGAAGAUUUGGUAAAAUAUUAGGAUUAUAUACCUUUUGAUGUCCCACUUGAAAAUCACUUGGUAAGUUUGACCGCAGAUUACUUGUUUUGUCACCCAAUGCAAAAAUUGAACUUCCCUGUAAUAUGUGAAGUUUAAGCUUAUGCUCAAUACAGCAAAACCACACACCUCAGUCCCUCUCUUGUUGCGUGUUUUGGGAUUCUGAGUAACCCAAAUGAAAGUUCCCAAAAAUUCUGUAAUCACCUGAACAUAUUGUGAAUGAUCAUUCCACAAAAGAUUUGAAAGUCAGCAAUCUACUUUUAUCCA